GCUAAGUGGAAGUGACCCACCUGCCGCAAUGGGUGUAUACCUGGGUGGGCAGGGGCACAAGGGGCACUCCUGACCUUGUCAUGACUGCCUGGCAGCCUGGACGACGAGGACCACGACUGUCAGGACUCGAAUGAGACAGCAUCCUUGAGGGGGCAAUUUCGUGGCCAAACCCGCUCGGCCUCUGAUGUUUCCGAAUCAGGGUCCUACACAAACACGACCCAUUCUCUCACGCCCAGCUGCCCUGCACCGUCACCUCGCCACCCUGGCGUAGUGGCCAUGGCGCCUCAGACGCGCUCUCGCAAAUCAGGCGGCGCUGCACAAACGUCCAUGGACGACCUGGUGACCCAAACGUCUGCGGAGGCGUCGUCCAAGUCAGCGAAGCCCAAGAAACCCAAAGCACACCACAUCUCCGAACCAGCCCACAGGCAACUUUAUUUUCCUGCCCGUAGCACGACAAUUCGCACAUACGGCAAGGGCAAGGCUCGUCGAAGCCUACCCGCAAAACCCCCAGAUCAGUCGACCUUGACGCAGAUUGGCUGGAUACCGAGCACUUACCAGGACGACGAAGAUGACAUGGAGGGGUUGAGCGAUCUGAUCACGGACGACGAGGAUGACGAUGCACAGAAGCCCAAGGGCAAGGGAACCGCCAGAAGAGGCACCAAGAGGAGGAGGACCACGGGUGGCCUGGAUGCGAUGCCCAACCCCACAGCCGGCUCCAGUUUUCACACUCAGACCUUGACCCAGAUGCCGUCGUUCACGUCUGGUCAACAGCCGGAUGACGAGGAGCCGGAUGAAGACUUCAGAUUCGACGACCACAAUGACGGCCACAAGGUCACGGCUAGAAUGGCAGACGAGGACAGGAAGUUGGGAGCUUCAUUGCUGCUCCAGGAUGGAGAGGAGAGAGCAACACCCUCGCCGCAGAAAGCCGCCUCAUCCCCUCCACAUGGCCCAACAACAUCGCAGGCUACUCAGACACCACGCAAACAAAUCAUUGAACGAGCAGUGAUUCCCUCGUCGCAACCGUCUCCUUUCACUCCUAACCUAGGGAUCUCGGAACGGUAUUGGUCGCAGUUGGACCGGACGCCCUUGAAGGAGAAGUCGACAAAUGUGGAUGCCCCGACACCAAGUGUAAGCAGAAAGAGACCUCGGACGUUGGAAAUUGCGGAUUCGUGGAGCACUGUCAAUGGCGGCAUGAGCUCGAGUCCUUCCAAGGGUCAAGUCCGGAGAGAUCCCUUGAAAGAGAUAAGCCUGCACGAUGUCGCGGAAAGGAGCAUCAUCUUAGGAGAGAGUCCUGUUCAUGAUGAUGGCCAGACUAUCACGGAGGAGGUUAAUGAGCCUGAGGCGGAUUCGGAAUCACGGGGCGAGCCAAGGGAGGACAAGUUAACGCGCUCAGUAGGAGACAUUAUAUCUGAUUCCGAGGAUGACUAUGAUUUCGGGCUCGAGGAUGUCGACGGAGCCAGCGACGAAACUCCUGGGACACCCACACCAGCAGCCCGAGUACACACUCAGAAGAACACGGGAAUCCUGGUCCAGGAGACUGGGGUGAUCGUGAAGUCCCCACCGAAGCCCUGCACAUUGUCUCCCGAACGGCGUGCCACCCAACAAGAUUCUACGCCAGUCCCUGCAUCGGAGGAGGUCGAACCCGAGCCUGAGACGCCUAGCCCUUCACCGCUGAGAGGCGCCAGUAUCUCCAGUGCAGUCGAGGCUGGCACGGGCACACCCCUGUCCUCACCGCAGAAGACAUCGCCUGCUCUGCCGCCACCACCCCAGCGGAUUGAGUCCAGCCGCAGGCCACAGGCCCCGUUGGCUAUAUCGCACUCGCAGAAGGUAUCGCCAGCUGUACCGGUUUCUCAACUUGGAUUCAGGUACAAGUCGCAGGCUUUCGAGUCACAACGUGUCCCAUUUGAGCGAAUACAACGGCUGGGAGCACAGACAGACCGCUCCGACAUUAUUAUCUCGAUCCACCCGGACCAGGUUGAGCAGAUUGUCGAAGGCCAAAAGACCCAUGAAUUUCGCAACUAUCGAAUCCCGCAGACUGUUGGGCGAAUCUGGAUUUAUGUCACGCGGCCAGCCUGCGCCCUUAAAUACAUGGCGACAAUCAGCGUCGCCAAACAGCCUGGGGAGAUCUCCCACGAGGAUCCAGGCAUCGGCAACGUCGAAUUCAAUGAGGGCAAAGGGUCGCAAUUUGCGUAUGAGCUGAAACAGGUUUACGAGCUCAAUAACCCAGUCUCUUUGGCCAAGAUGAAGGAAAAUGGCUGGGUGGAAGAGGCACCGGCCAAAUAUGUAUACAUACCACUUGCGGUGCUGGGAGAGUUGAUGGCAAAUCUCAGGCGCGCCAUAUUUGUGGAGCCGGGAGAGUCACAGUCAAGCCAGGUCGGAAUGACAGAAUCACAGGAGGUGGACAUGCAGCUGCGAAGUGAUAUUGCGCACUCGACGCAAGUGGGCUAUGCGGGAUCUUCACCGCCGCAAAGCCAGAGGUGCGAGGCGCGAGGCAAUGCCCAUACCGUCCCCUCCAGCCAGAGCAACGGCAACGAGGAGCUUAACAGCAGCCCGCCGCACCCGAGCGUCGCCGCGAAGAACAAGGAGCCGGUCUUUGCUAAGCCCACCGUACCGGCGAGCCGGUCGCAAAGAAGCGUUCACUGGGCCGGGAAUAGCCCCGUGGAAGGGCGGGCACAGCCAGCCUCACAGCGAGGGGAAGGCUAUACCUUGCGCCCGUCCCAGGCCACGACGGCCAGCGCGCCGUCCAGUCCAUCGCAGCGGCUGCCUUCCUACCGUGGGCAGCCCAUCUUGAUCUCAUCGCAGAGCCAGCCGUCCAUACCCGUCUCGCCGCCCACAGAGGCCGCGCCCUCCGGGCCGCUGCGGAUUGCCCGCGGGUCUAGCGGACUCGUUUCGGAGAUUGGGAAUUUGGGAGAGGACGAUGCUAUCGUGGGCGACAGUCCCGUGCGGGGGCACAAGACUGGCACUCAAAACUCGUCUGCCCUGCUCGAGUCCUCCCAGAGAGCCCUUGCGUUGGAGAGCGGGGAGCCGGACAGCCUGCUGGACGACUCGCGGGUGAGACAGCCACCCGACAUCGUGUGGGACUCGGAUGGUGAGAUUGAAUGAUUUUAUGUGUGCCGGUUUUCAUGGUUGCUUAGCAGUGUAGCGGACAUUCUACCGAAAGUGGGGGCGUCAGGCAUAUGGGCAGGUUGGUGCUGUGCUAGUCAAGGUAUAGGGGGGCGAGGUCGGCGUGCUGCUUUGCUCUCCAUCAGUGCUUGGGCGGAUUCAUGGGGGAGCGACUUGAGACGGCAGAUUUGACUUGUGUGGAUGGAUACACACGACAUGGACUAUCAAGGGUGGAACGGAAAGGCAUUCGAUGGUGCUGGGCGAUCUUUCCGACCCUUCUUGUGACGGCACACGCAAAUCUAAAGCAGACAGCGGGUUGUGAAUACAGAAGAAAGACGGCGUGUCGUCUUGUAUCUUUUACAUCGUGUACACCUGAGAAACCUGUGUCGGAUUUGCUGUGUAGUCUACAAGUGGUGAUGCACAUCCACGGCUAAAGCGGCAUUGUAUCCCGCUGGUUUGAUAGGCCCACACGAGGUCAUCCUGUAUGCGGUUGUCCUGUUUAUUAACCUAGAAGAUGUGACCACGCAGGCAGUCGGUCUUCCUGAGCGACGUGUUGGCUGAGACGUGAGUUGACAUGCCUCGUCAAUUCUUACUGAUGGGGCAGUCACAUCGUGACAGGUCAAGGUAAUGUUGGGCGGAAGGCCAGCCAGAAUGACGGCAGUGUGAGCGCAAGACGGCAAGACGGGUCUUGGCCUGGACACAUUAAGAGACCAUCCCCACAAAAAGCAGGC